AUGGACGAAACACUAGUGGAGAAAGAAGAAGACGAACUUUGCAGAAAUUAUCAGAGAAGCAACGGAGGGAAGAAGCCUCCAAGAUCAAUGGCGAAAGAUACCAUGUUGAAAAAACAAAGUGUUGAAAAAUUUCAGAGGAACGGCAGGACUUUUCAACCCGGUGCAGGAUUACUCCCAACUCCGUUCAAGUAUAGUUCUACCCCUAUAAGCAAACAACCAUCUCCCACAAAGUUACUAUCAACUUCUGCUAAUGAUUCACAUUCAAAAACUACCAGGAAAAGCUCUGUAAUUCCUAUCAAUGACAACAGAAACCCUAGAAAGGAUAAGUAUUUUAAUGAGAUCUCUGUUGAAGGUUUUAUGUACUCUGAGCUUUGGGCCGGACCUGCAUAUUCCAAUUCACCACCGCCGAGCUCUUUGCCAGUGCCCAAAUUCUCACCUCGAGUGAAGAGGACAAUGUCCCUUGAUUUGCCUGCUGCUGUCCCAGUUGUCAAUGUUUACCCAACUGCCUAG